UAGAAAAGUGUGAGCUCAACAGAGGUCUACCCUACUGUCAGACCCAUUUUAACCAUAGAAAGAUCCCAGAACUCAUCACCACCUGAACCAUUAUUCACUUGAUCAUGACGCCUCAAUGUUCUCUGGACAGAUCAAUUUCCUUCUCAGUAGUUCAAAUGAAUUUAUUAUACAUAAAUGAUCACCCCAAGGCUACAUUUGAGGUGAGGGCCAUUUGAAGAGCUUUUCACACAUCAAGAUGUUCCCUCCAGAUGUGUGGAAUUCUACGGACCUGAUGUGGUUCAAUGCGUCUGAGUGGAAUGCUUCUCUGGAGGACCCGGAGGAGGGGGACCACCCGUUCCUGACGGACGCCUGGCUGGUGCCUCUCUUCUUCGCCCUCAUCAUGCUGGUGGGGCUAAUUGGGAACUCGCUGGUCAUCUAUGUCAUCUCCAAACACAGGCAGAUGAGGACGGCCACCAACUUCUACAUAGCUAACCUGGCUGCCACAGACAUCAUCUUCCUGGUGUGUUGUGUCCCGUUCACAGCCACUCUCUACCCGCUCCCUGGAUGGAUAUUUGGGAACUUCAUGUGUAAAUUUGUUGCUUUUUUUCAGCAGGUGACUGUUCAGGCUACAUGCAUCACCCUCACUGCCAUUAGUGGGGAUCGCUGCUAUGUCACAGUGUACCCUCUAAAGUCCCUACGCCAUCGCACUCCACGAGUCGCCAUGAUCGUUAGCAUCUGUAUAUGGAUCGGUUCCUUCAUUCUAUCCACCCCGAUCUUCAUGUACCAGAGGAUUGAGGAGGGCUACUGGUAUGGACCGAGACACUACUGCAUGGAGAGGUUUCCCUCUAAGACCCUGGAGAGGGCUUUCAUCCUGUACCAGUUCAUAGCUGCCUACCUACUACCUGUCAUUACCAUCUCCUUCUGCUACACACUCAUGCUGAAGAGGGUGUGCCAGCCGUCAGUUGAGCCAGUAGACAAUAAUUACCAGGUCCACCUGUUGUCUGAGAGGACCGUCACACUGAGGAGUAAGAUCUCCAAGAUGGUGGUGGUGAUUGUCCUCCUUUUCACCAUCUGCUGGGGGCCUAUACAGCUCUUCGCCCUGUUCCAGUCCUUCGACCCCAACUACAGGGUCAACUACGUCACCUAUAAGAUCAAGACCUGGGCUAACUGCAUGUCCUACGCUAACUCCUCCAUCAACCCAAUCGUUUAUGGCUUCAUGGGAGACAGUUUCCGCAAGUCCUUCAAAAAAGACUUUCCACUUCCUGUUCAAACACAAAGUGAGAGACAGCAGUGUCACGUCACGCACGGCUAAUGCAGAAAUCAAGUUAGUUGCUGCAGAGGAAGGCAACGACGAAGGGAAAUGAGCCUUGGGCUGAGUGAGUUG